AUGUUACAACAUUAUUUGUUGUCAUCCAGAUUGUGUGCGUUGAGAAGUGUGUGAACAACCAACGGGUGAAUAGAUCAUGAAAAGACGAAUAAUUUUCUUUUUCUUUUUGUUUAAUAGAUAAAUAAUCAAAUUAGAGAAGUAAAAUAAGAGCCUAUCAUAAAAAAAAAAGGGGAACUAAAUACAAUUUUUUUUAUAGCGGUGAGAGUAAAAAACACGAGUCCAGAAACAAUGUCAAAAGGAGCAAAACUGGAACAAAACAAGCAAAGAGAGGCAAAGCAGCACAAGAAGUGAUCGCAAAAGCCCAAACAGAUGCAACAAGGAAGCUAAGUCCACCGAGAGGCCCCUGCAUCCCAACAAGAGCGCAAAGAACGACCAAAAUAGCAGAACAACCAGGCACAAUCCCAAUGAGAAAAUAAAUGUCAAAUAAGGUUUUCUUAAAAUUCUUCCUAUGUAUUCUCUUUCUCUAUUGAGUCUUAUACAUAACAUUUUCUUUUUUUUAUGGUCUCCUUUUGGUUUUCUCCUGUAUUGGGGAAUUUUUUAUUCCAAUUUCCUCAGUAAAAGACUAAAAGUGAUUGCUACAUUUAUUUUUCUUUUGUAAACCAGACUUCCAUUUCAUUUCACGAUAAAUUUUAGAACAUAAUUUUCAUUUUCUUCAAAAUUUUAGUAUGUUCUACAAUAUAUAUAUUCAUUUUUUUCUAAAAACAUCUUAUUUUUCCUCUUUUCUACUUCAAAGCAAGAAAAUAUAUAUGAAUAUAUAGGGCCUAUAAACUUCUAAGAACCAACAAAUACUAAGUGUAUGCACGGGUAAGUUUCCCAAAUGGACCCAAUGCACGAGUACAUAUUAUUACAACUCUUAUGAAUAUAUGACAAAUUCAUGAACACAUGCAAUUUAAGUAUAUAUUCUUGAGGGAGCCUAGUAAGAGAAUUUUUCACGGUAAAUAGGACAGUGAGAAAUAAAUGCAGAAUUUAUCAUUCCACAUUGAUAUGUACUUGAUGGUAGUCAAAUACCACCGUUUAGAAUUAUCUGGUGAACUAUUAGGUUAAAAUCUGAAAAUUGUACUCAAGGAAGUGCCUAAUCCAAUAAACAUUGACUAAGAGACUUCACAUAUGAUGGAGAAACUAUAGACAUUUGAGUCAAUUUAAAUACUAAGAACUGGUUUGGUAGUAGAUGCUUACGAGAGAGACCAUAAGCAAAUGAUGUAAUUAAUGUAAAUGUUCAAAUUUGAAGAAAAUUUGAUGAAAUACAAUGUACAAUCUAGAAAAAUUCUAAUUUAAAGACGAAUCAAAACUUGGCCGAGCAAAUAUAUCACUAAUCUUCAACUUGAAGGUCACAAAUUCGAAUAUGUUCGGUAGUAUGUAAUAAUAAACAUAGUCUGUUCUCACCCCUUAUAAAAAUUAUUCAAAAAAUUAUAUUGAGUUUUCUCAUUAAUGAGCAAAAUAAGAUUACUUAUAAUUCCAAUAACUAUUUUAUGAAAUUUUUGGCCAAAAGAAUAUUUUAUGAAAUAAUAAAUAAAAAUAUCCCAGUCAAAGGUUGGGUAAAAAGCUAGCAUAAGGUAAAUAGUUGACAAUCCAUAAAUCGAGGGUGACAAGAAAUAUAUAUCGAGUACAUAAGCCAAGUGUGAAGAAUUUGUACAAUAAAUUGAGGUACAUGAACAUGACCGAUAAACCUACUCGAAAAAUUACGAUAUAGAAAAUCUUCAUUAUAUCCUUAAAAUACUAUGAAUACAAAAAUCCUUAUAAAAAUCUAAAUGAGGGUAAAACUUAGGGUUAAUAUCUUAGUUUGACCCGAACUAUAGACAAACUUUUUACUUUGGUCCGUGGUAUCAAAAAUUACUAUUCUACUCUAGCCUGAACUAUGUAACAUGCUUCCUUAUUUGGUCCGGAGGCGAGUUUGACCGUCAAAUUGGACAAUCAACCGAGUUGACCGUUAGUCAAAGUUCAGCUCACUUGCCACGUCAGCUAGCAGGGAAUAAAAAAUUAUUUCUUAAAAUUUCUGUAUUUUGUUUCCUUAUAAAAAAAUUCAGUAUUUUGUUUACUUUCUAAUAAUAAAAAAUUAAUAUUAAAAAAAAUUAUAUAUGACAAAUGUCGAUCACAUCUUCCACACCACCAACAAAAAAAAAAUAUUGUAUGAUUAAAUAAUAUUAUUUUUUAUAAAAUUAUUUAUUAUUAUUAGAAAGUAGACAAAAUACAGAAAUUCAAAAAAAAUUAUUCCCUAUUAGCUGACGUGGCAAGUGAGCUGGACCUUGACUAACGGUUAACUCGGUUGACCGUCUAAUUUGACGGUCAAACCCGCCUCUGGGCCAAAUAAGGAAGUAUGAUACAUAGUUCAUUAGUUCAGGUCAGUAUGACAAUUUCUGCUACCACGGAUCAAAGUAGAAAGUUUAUCUAUAGUUGGGACCAAAUUAAGGUAUUAAUCCUAAAACUUAUUAAACAAUAAACCUAAUACCAAACAAUGAGGAUCUAUCCGGUUAAAUAUACUAGUGUUGGUUAAACCGAACCUAUCAAUCAAUAAAAGAUUUGAGUUUUGACUUCAACCGUCGGGACGUUUUUUUUACCAUCCUCCUAAUAUUGACAACUCUUUCCUCGGUGGUUAAUUCCCCCCCAAAUUUACCACAGCGUGACACGUGUCAACCGAAGCAGCGACUGCCCGAGUCGACCUAACUAAACUGAACUCAGAUCGACUUCAUUUCCCGUCCGGUAAUCAUUUCCAACGCCCCCUCCUCACCUUCUCUCGCCUCCGCCGCACUCCUGCCGGCCGGCUCUCCGAUGGAAGCCUCGCAAUCCAGUUCCAACCCUUCCUCCUCCGCGGCGACUCCGGCACCGAACCCCAACCGCAACAGCAAUUCCAUUCUGUCGUCGGCGCCCGUUUGGCCCACCAUCGACGGCCCUCUGGGCCUGACGGAGGAAGAAUCGCUGAGCUACGCCCGCCGCUUCUACGGCUUCGGCUACGCGCUCCUGCCGUGGCUGUGGGCCGUGAAUUGCUUCUACUUCUGGCCCGUCCUCCGCCACUCCCGUUCGUUCCCCGUCAUUCGCCCCUAUGUGAUGAAAUCGGCUGUUGGGUUCUCAGUAUUCACAAGUCUCCUCUGCUCGUGGGCAUUGACAUUUGCCAUCGGUGGAGAACAGCUCUUCGGUCCGGUGUGGGAUAAGCUAGUAAUGUACAAUCUUGCUGAUAGGUUAGGGCUGACUGGUUGGAUCUAGAAAUUCAGUUGGUACGCAGACACACUCUCUCUGUGUGUGCUGCCUUUCUCCCAUUGUGGGAAAUUCCUUCUCAAUGUGCCCCAUUUCCCCCAUUUCAGUUCUUCCCAUGAUGUCGAUCCACAUUCCUGUUUCAUGACACUGGUUAAGUUGAUCAUCAAAACCAAUUGAUGAUAUGUUGUAUCAUACAACUCUUGAUAAGGAUUACACACAAUGGGAAGCUGAUGUGCGACUGUGUGUACCAUUAUUCCCUGAACCUGGAUUUGUUUCUGGCUUCUUAGUCAUCUAUGUUGUACUAGUUGAGUCGUGCUUUUCGCCUUUCGUACUGGUGCAGCUCCAUGGAGACUGCCUGAGUUGUGGGAAUUACUGAAAUGAGUUUGUGCUUAUAAGCAUGUAGGUCCUCUUAUACUGCCUGAAUCUGGGUUUGUUUCUUACUUCUUUGUCAUCCAUGGCGCACUAGUUCAGUCGAGCUUUUCGUGUUUCGUUGCAGCUCUUUGGAGACUGCCUUAGUUGUGGGAACUGCUGAGAUGAGUUUGUACUGAUAGCGAUAGGCAUGUAGAGAUCCUAUUAGGUUGUUGGAGCUAUCACACAUGAUCUUCGUCUGAAAAAUCCCUGAUGAAGGACUACUGAUAUGAGCUUGCUACACGUUGGAUUAUAAAAGAGUCAAACCAUAUAGUUUUAUGCCUCUCACUUGGAGGUUGUGAUUCUAAAACAGAGGGAUUUGAGGAAUGUGUUGAUUUGGAGAGAGUGGUUUUUAUAAAUUAGUUCGUUUAAAGAAUGUGUGGUAUGGAAGGCAGGAAAAGAAACAUUAUUUGAAGCAAGUUAUUUCAAAUCUCUCAUGAAAAGUAAGAUUAGAUUUACGAUACUUUCAUUUUGAAGGAUUUUGAUUUUCAAUUCUUGUUGAAUGGAUUUUGAUUUUCAAUUCUUGUUGAAUUGGAGUAAGAUUUUGAUUUUCUCACUUUGGAGGAUUUUAAGAAUCAACACUCAAGUCCUUGUAUGAUAGAGGUUCUAUAUGAUUACUUAACUAACCACAGAUGGUACAACUGGCAUGCGAAUAAUUAGAAACGAUUGUAACUCUUGUUUCACCAUUUAAAUACACUAGCCUAUAGCCCGGCCCUUUGGCCGCAUUUGUUUAAUGAAAUGGAGUUACAAUAUCUAUAAUGAUAGUACGAGAAAUGAGUUUUGUUUUAUAUUAUCAUAAGAUUGUUGCAAUUUUGCAAUUCGUUGAAGACGAACAUGUAAUAUGAAUGAACAUUCAUAAUAAGUUAGAAAUACAUUUGAAGAUUAGCUAAUCACAAUAAAAAAUACUUACAUGAAAUUUUACUAAUCACAAAUCUAAUCUAGUUGAGUAUUACGACAAAUAACAUGCAAGUCCAAAAUAAGAAAACUCAAUACAUUGUCUCAUUGUUCAUGACAUGGUACUCAAUUCAACAAAGGCAAAAAUAAUUUCACCAACACAAGUUCACAAUAACCAAAUGCAUCGUUCCAGGGACCGACUGUGACCAUGACUUCAAAUGUCUGUUCUCCAAGCAUGUUCAGAAGGGCCAUAUAGUCAGCAUUGACAACAUCUGCAUGACUGAAUACAGAUUCAACAAUCGUUCGUAACUGUGAUGACGGGAAGACGAUGUCAACACCAAUGAAUUCGUCCUCAAUUGUGAGGUGGACGAAAUGGAUUCUGGAUGCAGGGGACCAGGACGUCGUCAAAUUCGUUACACGUCCGGAUAACAAAAAAGAGGUGCCCUAAUGUAAACACAGAAACGAAUAUUGUCAAAGCAAAUCGAUAAAAUGCAGCAUGCCACAAAAGGCGUACGAUUAAAAAGAAAUUUAUUUGUUUAGUUACCUGAUUUUCGACAUCCACUUGCAACAUAAUGAGAUCGAUGGUGUCGGCACGCUCACAAAUUUCAAGAGCAUCAUCAUAUUGCAGAUUAGCAAUAAAACCAUGGGGAAGCC